AUGAUUACACGUGAUUGGAUUUUUAAUGAAUUUGGAUGUAAAUUUUCUAUUACAAUUGAUAUUCUAUGUACAGUAGUGAGUAAUUUUCAAGUUAUUGUAUACACUGUUGCUGCUCUAAGUGUAGAACGUUAUAUUGAUGCCAAAUUAUCUUUAACACUCAAUAAUAAAUUUCGUACAAUUAUUACUAUUACGUGCAUUGUUCUAAUUUGGACAAUGGGAUUAUUGAUGCCAUUACCGUACAUAAUUCAUACCUAUUUACAUACAUCAACGAAUAAUACUAAACAUCGAUCAUGUGAUUCAAAAUUAACAGAAAAAUUCCUUUUAAUACAUGAAAUUAUAUUGUAUAUAUUUGCAUUUGUUAUACCCUAUUCAAUCAUUGUUAUAUUCUCAUUAAAACUAUUAAAAUUUCUUCGUGAAUGGUUAAAACGUAAAGAAAAAUUAACACGAGCAAGUAUUACACGAAAACGUACCAGAGGUGUUAAAUUGGUUCUUU